GUCCAGUCAUUACGUAUCCCAUCAGAGCUUUCAAUCUUCUUGGCCUCAAGCUGCUGCAUACACCGGAAGCUCCUUCUUCCAAGAACGACGACGACCAAAUCCGAACACUUUACCUCGGAAAACCUAUUGCAAUAUCUCAGUCGACGAAGGCUCGUCGCCUCCACAUACAGACGCACCUUCUCAUUGUAUACCAUCUUUUGGUUUCGCUGAGCUGAAGCAGCUCACAGGUUGCUGAGAUGAGUGGCGGAUGGAACACCAUUGAGUCGGAUGCUGGCGUCUUCACCUAUCUGCUCGACAACCUCGGGGUCAAGGAUGUCCAGUUCGAAGAGCUAUUAACCCUCGAGCCCGAUGCCCUGGCAUCUCUGUACCCAGUCUAUGGUGUCAUUUUCCUCUUCAAAUAUCCCACCGACAAGCCCUACACGUCAACCGACAAGCCCCUCGACGGCGACUUUGAUCGCGAUGCUGCCGAGAGCAACUUCUUCGCCGCCCAGACCAUACAGAAUGCCUGCGGCACCCAGGCUCUCCUAUCCUGCCUUCUAAACAAGGAAGGCGAAGUGGACAUCGGCUCCUCCUUGCGCGACUUCAAGGAGUUCACCAUGAUGCUCCCACCUGAGUUCCGCGGUGAAGCCCUCAGUAACUCGGAGCUCAUCCGCGACGUUCACAACAGCUUUGCCAAGAGCAGCCCUUUUGUCGACGAGACACAGCGCACCGGCGGCGAGACGGAGGAUGCCUUCCACUUCAUCGCCUACACACCUAUCAACGGCACACUAUACGAGCUGGACGGUCUACAACCAGCACCCAUCACCCACGGCGCAUGUACAUCCGAGGAGUUCCCAACCAAGGUUAUGGAUGUGCUACAGAAGAGAAUAAACCGCUACGACACCACCGAGAUCAGGUUCAACCUCAUGGCUAUGGUGCGGGACCUGCGGAUAAAAGCACGCGAGAUUGGGGACGUGGACAUGUUGGAGCGGGAAGAGCGCAAGCGCAGGGAUUGGCAAUUCGAGAAUGCCCUAAGGAGACACAACUUCGUCGGCUUCGCUGGUGCCCUCAUGAAAGGCGUCGUCGAGAAGAAACUCAAGCAGGGCGACGGCGCAUAUGAGAAGUGGAUCGAGGAUGCCAAGGAGUCAACCAAGAGGCGUCUUGAGAGCAAGAGAAAGGGCGGUGCUGAAGAUGUUGAGAUGGAGGGCUGAUACUCGAAACCGCAAAACCCACAUCCCGCCAAAGCCAGCGCUUGUCAAGGUCCAUCGACAAGACAGCAAUGAAAGAUACCCUUAACUAGCUUGCGAUUGAGCCACUAUUCUGGCAUUUAGCCCAAUCUUAUCGGAGCCAUGAUGCCGUAUGCUUUGCGCAGACGCUGAGUGCA